CUUAGCCAUGAUGGUAUUACAGUGUAAGCAGAUUUUAAUGGAGUUUAUAGUAAACAAAAUUCUCUAAAAAGAGAUUUUCAGACAAAUUUCCAAAUGGUUUUGAUGGGUCUUCUCUUCAAAUUUGCAGUAGAAUGCUUUAAUGUUCUUGCAUGGCCUCUCUUUGCAUUGGGCUACCCUCUAUGUGCUUCCGUUCAAGCUAUUGAGACUAACUCGAUCACAGACACACAGAAGUUGGUCACUUAUUGGAUCUGCUUUUCCUUGAUUUCGCUAUUUGAACAUGUUUUUGCGAAUCUGCUUCAGUGGUCUACCUCCUGGCCUUACAUUAAGCUAGUCAUCGUCAGCUGUUUGGUUGUUCCGCACUUUGAGGGUUCUCUUUAUGUUUACAAACACCUUGUUCAUCCAUGUCAGUUUGUGAACCAACAAACUGUGUAUGACUGGUUCGCCAAGCUGAAGGAGUUCUACCUUCUAAUCGAGGAAAAAAGAAAAGCAAAAGAAAGUGGACAUGAUGCUGCAAAAAAUCUCGCUGCUUUUGGUUCGUUGGCGACUUUCAAGCCAAAGCUUGAAGAAGCUAAAUUUGCAAAGAAGGAAAGUAAUGCUGCACCAAUCGUGGAGACGAAAGAAGUGAUCUCGACUAAGCAGGAGCAGGUCAGUCAAAUAGAACCCAACUUCGCUUUGUCUGGAAACAGAAUGUGUAUGUCUAAGGGGAUCAAAGAAACGGUAGCUGCAAAAAUAAUAGUUGGAGAUUUUAAUGACAUACUUUCUUCUAAAAUAAUUUCAGAGGACCGGACUUGUGAUGCAUGUCAGGCCACAACAACGACAGGCGAGGGAGACCUCGUGUCAGGUCACAAUAAGCAGGCAUCUGAAAUCAAGACUCCUGCUAGUGCACUUCUGGGAAGUCGAGAAAUAGUUAACUCAGCAGUUAGAGAUAUUCCUGACAAACAACAUUCUAAGCCUGUUCGAAAGAUGUGGAUGUGUUCUGUAUGUCCGGAAACAGCCACAAGUGUGACGGACUUUGUUUCACAUCUUCAAGGAAAGCAACAUAUAGAUGCUUGUGAGAAGCAGAAACUCAAGGAACAGAUGUUAAAAAGCAAGAUUAGUCCACCUCCUGACGCUGGUUGUAAUCUUUUUGAAAAAUUACAAUCGAAUAGCAUCCAAACACCAUGGAGUUGCACUGUCUGUCGGGUAACAGUCACAAGUAAAAUGGACCUUAUUUCACAUUUUCAGGGAAGACGGCAUGAGAAUGCUCUGAUGCAGCUUAAGAAUAAGAUCGAGACAUCGAGAAACAGCAUUUUCUCCGAUAAAAUGGAAAAAGAGACAGAAUCCCGUCGCACGGAUUUCCAAAUUCCAUGGACUUGUGGUACUUGUAUGGUAAUAAUCAAAGGCGAGGCUAGCCUUGUAUCGCAUCUUCAAGGAAAGCGACAUUUGAAUGCUUGUGAUAAGGCAAAAUGUCUAAAACAGACUUCGGUGGGACAGAAAUCAAGUCCUUUCGGAAAUGCUUCUUUGCCAGAAAAUACUACAGGAAGCACGGCGAAGCAACAAGUUAAGCAAGUGAAUAUGAAGAGCGGAUUUGUUGAGAUUAGAAAUUCUUUGUGGUGGUGUACCAUUUGUAAUAUAAGCUGCAAUAGUGAAGGAAAUAUGAACUAUCAUCUUAAUGGGAGCAAGCACUUGGCUAAUGUAAAUUGUGCUUGAAGUGGUAGGGUUGCCCUGAGUUAGCUAUAGUACUUAUAAUACAGUUAAUUAAAUUUGACUAACAAAAUGUAUGAUUAUUCUAAAUAUGGAUUCAGUAGUCUUUAUACUUUGAAUCUUUUCUUGAA